CAUAUUUGGGGAUAUAUCGACGCGGGGAGAUCACUUUCCAAUGUAAAUGCGUGGGUUACCUUAUCGGAUAUUUUUGGGGAAAUGCUUGAAGAUCCGAAUCUGAAGGCAACCUACCUGGUCGUUAACGCCCUUGACGAAUGCGUUGUCAACCCGCCGAAGCUUCUAGACUUUGUCAUCCGCAUAUCGUCCGACCGGGUGAAAUGUCUGUUAUCAAGCCGGAACCAGAUCACCAUCGAAAGAAAGCUGAGAUCUAAUGAUAGGCGGACGAGACUUAGUCUUGAGCUGAAGGCAAAUGCGAUGUAGGUGUCUCACGCCGUCAAUAUGUAUAUCGAUGACAAGUUAUCCAACCUCGAGCCGCUUCAGGAUGAUGCGCUACUAGAAGAUGGGGCCCUACUAAAAGAUCGAGUGCGGGAUAUUUUGCGCGACAAGGCAAACGGCACGUUCCUCUGGGUGGCCCUCGUCGUACAGGAACUUAGCAAAGAGGAUGUUGAGAGCUGGCAUGUUUUACAAAUUGUCGAAGAAGCGCCGCCUGGCCUGGAC